AUGGCGUUAAAAUCACCGGUCGUUUUUGGUGUGCUGUCUCGUUUAAGUAGACGUAGUUUCUCAUCAUCUAAGGCUUUAUUCUCGAAGCCAGUGACUGUCCGUGAUGCUCUUAACCAGGCCAUUGAAGAGGAGAUGGAGAGAGACGAAAGAGUUUUUGUUAUGGGCGAAGAAGUGGCCCAAUAUGACGGAGCCUAUAAAGUGACAAGGGGGCUUUGGAAGAAGUAUGGUGACAAAAGAGUCAUUGACACACCUAUCACUGAGAUGGGUUUUGCGGGUAUAGCUGUCGGUGCUGCGUUUGCCGGUCUCCGACCCAUAUGCGAGUUCAUGACCUUCAACUUCUCCAUGCAAGCUAUUGACCAUAUAAUAAACUCAGCGGCCAAAACGUUCUACAUGUCAGCUGGUGCGGUGCCCGUGCCGAUAGUGUUCAGAGGGCCCAACGGCGCGGCAUCGGGUGUCGCCGCUCAACAUUCCCAAUGCUUCGGUGCUUGGUUCGCGCACUGCCCCGGCCUUAAAGUUGUCAUGCCCUACUCUUCAGAAGACGCUAAAGGUCUUCUAAAGGCAGCGAUCAGAGACCCAGAUCCCGUUGUGUGCUUGGAAAACGAAAUGUUAUACGGUGUACCAUUCCCCAUGUCAGAUGAGGCGCAGUCCAAUGAAUUUGUACUGCCAUUCGGCAAAGCUAAGGUGGAGCGGGAAGGAAAACACAUCACGGUUGUAUGCGCCGGCCGAGCCACAGACACCGCCCUUAUAGCUGCCAAUGAAUUAGCUGGGAAAGGUAUCGAAUGCGAAGUGAUAAAUCUACGUUCGUUACGGCCGCUGGAUUUCGAUACGAUCGCUCGCUCCGUCGCCAAGACUCACCACAUAGUCACAGUGGAACAGGGAUGGCCCAGCUGCGGCAUUGGCGCCGAGAUCUGCGCGCGGCUAAUGGAGUCGUCGACAUUCUUCGAACUGGACGCGCCCGUGUGGCGAGUGACCGGAGCCGACGUACCGAUGCCGUACGCCACCACGCUGGAGGCGCUCGCCCUGCCGCGCCCGCCCGACGUGCUCGCUGCCGUCACCGGCGUGCUGGGAGCCCGGAUCGACCAAGCAUCAGCGCAGUAA